UAGCGCGCUUCGCUAAAUUUAUCACACACUGCAGUGACCUAAACAUGGCCUCCUCCUGUCACCGGGAAACUCCUGUUUCCGGCGGAAAAUUGAGCAUGGACGGAUUAAGCGACCGCAUCGCCAGGUCUCUCCUUGAAUGUCAUGACCAAACUCUGCGCUGUCUCAUCGAGCCCGCCGCCGCCGGAGCCAAAAACCUAACCGACGCGCAAAUCGUGCACCUCAUCUGCUCCACCUUCCCUCUCACAUUCUCCCGCUCCAAUCGCAACCUCCUAAUCGAACGCGUCGCGAAAAUAUCUCCGCUCUCGUGCAGGAGAGCGAGCGCCGGGGACGAGCCAGCAGCGAAAAGGCCAAAAUUUGACGAGACUCAGAAUGCGAAUCGGCAAAUUGAGGUAGCUAAGGCUUCUGCUCCAGCUAGUUAUUCUGAUUCUAACGGUUGGGAACUUGAUUCUGCUAGGAGUCAUAGAUAUGGUGGUGAUGGGUGGGAUACGGAUGCGAAUGGGGAUAAUAUGGCUAUAAUUGAGGGUUUCGUGCAAGGAAAUAAAUUAGGGAUUAACAUGAGAGAGGUGAAGAAGAAUGAGGAUAAGUGGCCAAUGUUUAGUGACAUUGGUGGGAGGUAUUAUAUAUUGGAGGAUUUGACAAGAGACGUGAUUGCGCCGAUGCACCAGUUGAAGCUACUGCAUCUCAUCGGAGGCAAGCCUUCAACAGCAAUUCUGUUACAUGGGCCACCGGGCUGUGGGAAAACCAUGUUGGCUCGAGCCAUUGGCAAUGAGGCCCGAGUUCCGUUCUAUGAAACAUCUGCUGUUGCGUUGAAGUCUGGAGUGUCAGGUAUCCUAGAGUUGUUCUCCAGAGCAUACAACAAUGCACCAUCUAUUGUGUUCAUUGAUGAAAUUGAUGCAUUGACUUCAGAAACGGAAAGUUUGUGGCAGUGCCCAGCAAAACAGUUGAUGGCUUGCAUGAAAAGAUCUAAUAGUGGACCUGGUGGCUAUGUGCUGACGAUUGGAGCAACCAAUAGACCUGACGCUCUUGACCUUGCUUUAAGGCAGCGGUUUGAUCGUGAAUUUCUUUUAGAUGUUCCAAAAAAUGAUCAACGGCAUGACAUACUAUCAGUUCUAACAAGUAAAUAUAAGGUCGAUGUUGAUUUUGAUUUGAAGGAGUUAGCUAGGUUGACUCAGGGUUUUGUAGCAGGAGAUUUGGUAGAACUAGUAAAUAAGGCUCGUAUGAUUUCUUUUAAUUGUGCCAUUCACAUGAGAGCUCACAUAAAGGGAUUUAAAGAUGGAUUUGAAGCUUAUGGUAAACCAUUUUCAGAUGAAGAAUUGGAGCAAGUCGGAUUGGACCGGGAAAGUAUUCAUCAAGCUAUUGAGACGGUUUGGGCCGUUUGGCCAUCUGCUGAAAUGGAAGAAUUUUCCACCACGCCAUAUACAAACUGGGAUGAUGUUGGAGGCCUUCAAUUGUUGAAAUUAGAACUGGAACGUCGCAUAAUUAAGCUUAUAAAGUUUCCACAAGUUUAUGAGUCUCUUUGGGAAAGUGGGUUGAAGAACUUUCCAACCUCCUUCUUUCUUUAUGGUCCUUCGGGUUGUGGAAAGACAUUGAUUGUUGAUGCUUUGGCUAAAGAAGCAGGAGCAAAUUUAAUGCAUAUCAAGGGCAAUGAACUGUCAAAGUUUGAGUGGAGGCAGUUGAUGGUGGAUAAUAUUUUCAAAUGUGCAAAAACUCACCCUCCAUGUAUAGUUUUCUUUGAUGAGGUGGACGUGUUAUCCCGAGAUGAUUUCACAGAUGAAGAUCUCGAGGAGGACGAAUAUAUAUGGAAGUCGUGGGAAUAUAGAGCGAUAUGGGCCCAAAUCAGUGAUUUAAAAAAAGAAUCGCAUGUUUACGUGAUUGCUACGUCAAGUAGGCUAGAGAUUCUGGAGCGCGUCCCGUUUAUCAAAGAAGAUUUUGGCAGGAUUUUGUAUGCUCCUCUACCUACUCCAGAAGAAAGAGGAGAGAUAUUGAAGAUUCUUGCUCAAAACAAGCCAAUAGAUGCAGAAGUGGAUCUGAUGGCUCUAGGAAAAGACUCCGCAUGUGAAAAUUUCAGUGGCUCUGAUCUGUAUGCAUUGAUGACAGAAGCUAUUAAGUUUGCCAUUGAUCGACCGGCAUUGUCCUGUGGGGGUAGCAUGACCAUCACAAAUGCAGAUUUUGAGGCUGCGCUAGCUAAAGUCUCCCCUUCUCUCUCGGCCGAGGAACGCAACAAAUGGGCGCUACACGCGAAGAAUAUUGAUGUUGUUCAUGGCGCAUCUGUGAUGGACUGGUAGACUUAUGCCCACUAAUUUAUGUGUGCAUAGUUUCCUACUCGUCUUUUGUAGCAUGUUAGUAAAAUGUUGAAGACCUCUCAUAUUUAUUGACAUAUUAGUAAUUUUGUUAGUACUAAACUUGUAUAAAUAUAGUUUAGUGUUUUUUUGCUCUUCACAUAAUCUGCGGUUUUGUUACUCACCGGCGGUCACAAAUGGACAAGUGAAUAAUCUUAUUUUUGUUUUUCUCAAA